AAUCACAUUUUCUUGUUUAUUUCAUCCUCCUCAGUCCUCACUGCUCAAACGGAUUUAUAUAAAUUACACAACUCCCUCUCUCUGGAAAACAAAAUCACACACACAUUUAUAAAUAAUAAAAUCACACACACAAACACACACUCAUUGUUUUCCAUUCAAAAAACAAGAGCAGCUUCACUCCGAUCACAAACCCAAACGACUCACGGGUUUAUUGUAUCAUUUGUUUUCGAUGAUUUUUAAACGAGCGCGAUUGGAUAGCUAAGUGGAAGAGUUUCGUGUCUGUUUCGGAAGAGGGGUUUGGUGAUCUUUAUUUAGCUACAUUGUAUAUAUAUUUGAUUUGGACUAGUGCACCGUUUUGGGAGUGAUUGGAAUUGUAAUUUCCGAUGGCCGCCAUGGGUUCUGGCUUGUUUUCGGUGGCUUCUAAGAUAACGGACUCGGGUGGAAAACCCCCGGCUAAACAUGGAGCUCUGCCUGCUAGUGUAGAUACACGAGGAAUCAGGACGAAAUCGGUUUCUUCUCGUGGUUUGGUUAAGACCAAUGCGCAAGCUCCUUCCAAGAUAAAUGGUACAAGAGUUGGUGUGAUGGAUGGAUUAAAGAUUGAUGAUGAUUUUACGUCCUCACCCCCGCCAAGGACUUUUAUCAACCAGCUUCCUGAUUGGAGUAUGCUUCUUGCUGCUAUUACAACAAUUUUCUUGGCUGCGGAGAAGCAAUGGAUGAUGCUUGACUGGAAGCCUAAGCGGCCUGACAUGCUUACUGACCCUUUUGGUUUGGGAAGUAUUGUUCAGAAUGGCAUGGUUUUCCGUCAGAACUUCUCUAUCAGAUCUUAUGAAAUAGGGGCUGAUCGGACUGCAUCUGUGGAAACUUUGAUGAAUCAUUUGCAGGAAACAGCACUUAACCAUGUAAAGAAUGCGGGGCUCUUGGGUGAUGGAUUUGGUUCUACACCAGAGAUGUGUAAAAAAAAGCUCAUAUGGGUGGUCACAAAAAUGCAGGUCAUGGUAGAUCGCUAUCCUACUUGGGGAGAUGUUGUUCAAGUAGAUACUUGGGUGGCUCCUUCUGGAAAGAAUGGUAUGCGGCGUGAUUGGCUUCUUCGUGACUACAAUACAGGCGAAAUAUUAACUAGAGCUACCAGCUGCUGGGUAAUGAUGAACAAAAAGACAAGGAAGUUGUCUAAACUUCCAGAUGAAGUCAGAGCAGAAAUAGGGAAUUAUUUUGUUGAUACACCUCCAAUUGUAGAUGAAGAUAGCAGAAGGUUACCAAAACUCACCGAUAGCAAUGCAGAUUACAUCCGUACUGGCUUAACUCCAAGAUGGAGUGAUUUGGAUAUAAAUCAGCACGUCAACAAUGUCAAAUACGUCGGAUGGAUACUUGAGAGUGCUCCACUGCCAGUUGUGGAGAGUCAUGAGCUUGCUAGCAUGACAUUAGAAUACAGGAGGGAGUGUACAAGGGACAGUGUGCUGGACUCCCUAACUUCUGUCAUAGGAAAUGGACUCGGGGAUUUGGCUACUUUUGGUCAAGUUGAGUGCCAGCAUCUGCUUCGACUCAAGGAUGGGGCUGAAAUUGUUAAGGGAAGAACUGAGUGGAGGCCUAAACGUUCCUACAGAAUUGGAAGCUUUGGCCAGCUUCCAGCAGAAAGCACUUAGUUGAAUGUGAAAUUGGGAAGCUUGUGUCUGCUUCCUGCAGAGCGCCAAUUGCAACUUGACAAUCAUAGUCGUGCUGCUCUCACAAUGACCACUGGAAAUUGAUUCAUGUUGCUCGAAGUCCUACAUGUUCUCUCUCUCUCUCUCUCUUUAUAUAUAUAUAUAUAUUCAAUUCAAUUUAUUGUUUCUAUUUCUUUUAUUUUGGGAGAACUAGAGACAAUUGUGAGCCCAUUGUAAAUUGCAGAAGCUUCUCAGUCACUCGAAUCAAAGUUGGUUUUCAUUGUAGAAUAUCACAGUUAUUUAUUAACAGUGUUGGUAAUGAAAUGUGAUUUUUUAU